AUGCCUUCUCUCGAUAACCCCGUUCCGAACGAGGCAAGACUUCUGCUCGUCUCCAAUCGCCUUCCCAUCACCAUCAAGCGAUCCGAGGAUGGCAGGUAUGACUUCUCUAUGUCGUCUGGUGGACUAGUCAGUGGACUUAGCGGUCUGUCGAAGUCCACGACUUUCCAAUGGUACGGCUGGCCUGGUCUAGAAGUCCCAGAAGAAGAAAUUCCCGAGGUAAAAAAGCGUCUGAAGGACGAGUAUGGCGCUAUUCCAGUCUUCAUUGAUGAUGAACUCGCGGAUCGCCACUACAACGGAUUCUCCAACUCGAUCCUCUGGCCUCUCUUCCAUUAUCACCCCGGUGAGAUCACUUUUGACGAAUCUGCUUGGGAAGCAUACAAGGAAGCCAACCGCCUCUUUGCCAAAGCCGUUGCGAAAGAAGUGCAAGAUGGAGAUCUGAUCUGGGUCCACGAUUAUCAUCUGAUGCUGCUUCCGGAGAUGCUUCGUGAGGAGAUCGGCAACAGCAAGGAGAAUGUCAAGAUUGGUUUCUUCCUUCACACCCCCUUCCCUAGCAGUGAGAUCUACAGGAUCCUUCCUGUGCGUAAUGAGUUGCUGCUUGGUGUCCUUCAUUGUGACUUGAUCGGCUUCCACACCUACGAUUAUACUCGACACUUCCUGAGUGCCUGUUCGCGCUUGUUGGGUCUACCAACCACACCUAACGGAAUUGAGUUUCAGGGCAAACUCAUCGCCUGUGGCGCCUUUCCUAUUGGGAUUGACCCCGAGAAAUUCGAGGAGGGCCUCAAAAAGGAGAAGGUCCAAAAACGCAUUGCCAUGCUGGAACAGAAAUUCCAGGGCGUUAAGUUGAUGGUGGGUGUCGAUCGCCUUGACUAUAUCAAGGGUGUUCCUCAAAAGCUGCAUGCGCUCGAGGUAUUCCUUAGUGACCAUCCCGAGUGGGUUGGCAAGGUUGUCCUGGUUCAAGUAGCAGUUCCCAGUAGACAAGAUGUGGAAGAGUACCAGAACUUGAGGGCUGUGGUGAACGAACUCGUGGGUCGAAUCAACGGCAAAUUCGGCACUGUUGAGUUCAUGCCGAUUCACUUUUUACACAAAUCAGUCAACUUCGACGAGCUGAUUGCCCUCUACGCGGUAUCCGAUGCUUGCAUCGUCUCGUCCACACGUGAUGGCAUGAAUCUCGUCGCCUACGAAUAUAUUGCCACCCAAAAGAAGCGCCAUGGCAGCUUGGUUCUCUCGGAGUUCGCUGGUGCGGCACAAAGUCUGAACGGCAGUAUCAUCAUCAAUCCUUGGAACACCGAAGAGCUUGCAGCGGCUUAUCAAGAGGCUGUAACAAUGAGCGAUGAGCAGAGGGCUCUUAACUUUUCCAAGCUGGACAAAUAUGUCAAUAAAUAUACAAGUGCAUUCUGGGGCCAGUCCUUCGUCACCGAGUUGACUCGGAUAUCGACUCAGUCGGCGGAAAAGUUCCAAGCCAGGAAGGCUUCUCUAAUCCCGGGCCCCUCCGAUACCCAAGAGCAUACAAAUGGCGUCAAGGCUUCACAGGAAGCAUAG